AUGUAUUUUGGAGGUUAAACUUCUCAAUUUUUUCUUAGUGCGCUGUAUGAAUUGAUCACGCUGUCUGAAUAAACGAUCAUUGUUAUUCCUAACAACACAUAUGGUAUUGGCGCCGAAUUUAAGCUGCUGUUUAUAUUUCAAUUUUUUUGUUUAUCAAACGUAUCCCAGAAUCAUCGAAAUAAUGAAGUAUAUUCUGGUCACUGGAGGAGUUAUCUCUGGUAUUGGCAAAGGUGUCGUAUCCAGUUCAAUUGGAACAUUGUUAAAAAGUAUGGGGUUUAUUGUGACGGCUAUUAAGAUUGAUCCAUAUAUCAACAUUGAUGCAUCACUGUUUUCGCCGUACGAACAUGGCGAAGUUUUUGUAUUAGACGACGGUGGAGAAGUCGAUCUCGAUCUUGGCAAUUAUGAACGAUUUUUAGACAUAAAACUACAUCGUGAUAACAAUAUAACGACUGGAAAAAUUUAUCAAAAAGUAAUUGAAAAAGAACGUCUUGGUGAUUAUCUGGGAAAAACGGUACAAAUCAUUCCACAUAUUACCAAUGAAAUUCAAGAAUGGGUUGAACGUGUUGCGCAAUUACCAGUUACUGAGCCAUUGGCUGUUUGUGAUGAUGGUUCAAAUAAUCUGUCCGAUGAGUCAUCCGGACAAGUGCCCGAUAUAUGUGUUAUUGAAUUGGGUGGUACUAUUGGCGAUAUUGAAGGAAUGCCAUUUGUAGAAUCGUUUCGACAAUUCGCUAGGAAAAAAGGUCCGGAAAAUUUUUGCUGUGUGCACGUAAGUUUAUUACCAAAACCUAAAUCAACCGGGGAACACAAAACUAAACCGACACAAGUGUCAGUCAAAGAACUUCGUGCUCUUGGUUUGUCUCCAGAUCUCAUUGUUGCGCGAAGUGAAGAACCCAUUGAUCAAUCUAUAAAAGAGAAAAUCUCCAACUAUUGCCAUGUAGAUCCAGAUCAAGUUAUUUGUCUCUGUGAUCAAGCAUCGAUUUACCGUGUGCCUUUAGUACUGGAUCAACAGGGUUUGAUUGAAUAUUUUUCCAAAAAAUUCAAUUUAUCUAUUGAGCCUGAUCCUUCAAGAAAAUUUUUGCAUAAAUGGCGACGCCUUGCCGAACGUCAUGAUCGUCUUUUGAAAACGAUAUCAAUAGCAUUGGUGGGCAAAUAUACCAAGUUGGAAGACUCAUAUGCUUCUGUGAUUAAAGCUUUAAAUCAUGCAUCAUUGACCAUUAAUCGAAAGUUACAAAUCUUUUAUAUCGAAGGAUCAUCAUUGGAAGAAACUACAAAGCAACAUAACCCAUCAGAAUAUUAUGAAGCAUGGCAACAACUUUGCAAAGCCGAUGGAUUACUUGUUCCUGGAGGCUUUGGUGGUCGUGGUAUCGAGGGAAAAAUUCUUGCCAUCGAACAUGCAAGGCAGAAAAAACAGCCAUUUUUAGGAAUUUGCCUUGGAUUUCAAUGUGCUGUUAUUGAAUUUUGCCGUAACGUACUUGGAAUGACAAAUGCUGAAUCACAAGAACAGAAUCCGGAUGCCAAAGAAAAAGUGGUUGUCGAAAUGCCUGAACAUAACGGUGGAAAUCUUGGUGGUACAAUGCGCGUUGGUCGACGAGAAACAAUCUUUGUCCAUAAGGAUUCUAUUCUUUAUCGGCUUUAUAAUCCGAAGAAUGAUCGUGUGUACGAACGACAUCGUCAUCGAUAUGAAGUAAAUAUCGAUAUGCUUGAUCGAUUGGAAAAAGCUGGAAUGCGAUUCGUAGGAAAAGACACAACCAUGCUACGUAUGGAAAUCAUGGAACUACGUGAUCAUCCCUAUUUUGUGGGCGUACAAUUUCAUCCGGAAUACACUUCCCGGCCAUUAAAACCAUCAAUUCCAUAUCUGGGUUUGUUGUUAGCUUCAGCCCAAAAGCUCGACACAUAUCUGGCACGAAUAGAAUCACCAAUCUCAAAUAGUGACAAUGAUGUUUCGGAUAGUGAUUCGACUGAUUCAAUUGUCGUUGUCAAAUCUAAGUGAUAUAUAUAGGUUUUUAUUUUGUCUAACAUUUGUUAUUAGAAUUCAGUAUUUUGAAAUUAAUAUAAUAAUAUCAUAAAUAAAUAAAUUACUUGAAUUGUAUAAA